AUGGACCAACGUCGCGGCGGCGGUGGCGGCGGUGGCGGCGCGGCAGCGGUGGGGGAGACGGAGGAGGGAUUGAAGGGGCUGGGGGUGGAAUUGGAGGUGGAUUUGGAGGAAUUGGAGGGGAUGGUAUCGCCGAGGCGGUCGCCGUUGCCGCCGGGUGGACAUCUGCACACGCUAGCACCUGCAUUUCAAGUCGACGGCGACGAACGGGACUUGCUGAGCCGCUACUCGGAAGACAACGACGCCAACUCUGGCCACAAUGUCGCCGAGCUUUGGUCCCCUCAGCUGGCCGCACAGCUUGCGCAGGACGCUGAUACUGUCUCUGAUCAAGGCGACGGCGGAGGCCACGUGUGCCCCGAGCCAAAAUGUGGCAAGGGACUGCGUGGAGAGGACUCCCACAGCGGGACGCUCCUUGAGCGCGCCGGCCUGAGACGCCGACGCGACCUCUUUUUGUCAGAAUUUGUGCCUUGCACUCAUCGGGCCAAUCCCUACCCCUCACUGUCCACAGCUUUGCCUGCAGCAUCAAGGGCUGUGGACAGCGGUUUGCGACUGCAGGUGCCUUACACCGCCAUAUGGCGCGGCACGAUAACAGCCGAUUUUGCCAGACGUGUGGUCUCAGCUUUCCCAAUCAACACGCCUAUACCCAACAUUGUCGCAACGAGCAUGUUCCUUGUACUUGUGACCUCUGCGGCCGGGUACGUUGUCCGGCACAGCUGUGUGGCGCCGCCAGUACCCAGUCAAGCUCAGGGGGGCGAACUUACUCUGAUUGCCGCCCUUGCGCCGGCCUCUUUCAGACGUACUCUACUCUGGCGCACUUGCGUGAGCACAAUGCCAACUAUCAUGCUGCCGUUGGCGUAGUGCAGCAGUGUAUGUUUAAAGACUGCACCAAGGUGAGGUCACAGUCUGGCCCUUGUGCUCGCGAACUUGAGCGUUUUGGGCAGAACCGUGACGCAGCGCCAUGGUUUCGACGGCUCCCACGCAGGUGUUCU